AUGCUAGCUCUAAUAUUUCAUGUAAUAGUACUUAUAGUAUUCUCAGGAGGUAUAUGUCGUGGUUACCCGGUUAAUGUGCAUCGUGUCCUUUCUCGGAAGCCGCUUGACCACGGUGUCUUCAGGUUACCUAGAUUAGAUGAAGUUUUGCGCAAGGGCAUUACUCCAGUCAUCAAAAACAAUGAGACUAACGUACGUCAUCGCCGUAUAGGUGCCACUGACCUCUUCAUAUCUGAGGUUGGCCUGGGUACUAUGACUUUUGGCAGGUAUGUGGAGGAGCGAACAGCUCAUGAGCUUUUGGAUCACGCCGUCGGUCACGGAAUCAACCUUAUAGAUACUAGUGAUUGCGGUGAAUUGCCUAUAAUAAGUGGAUGGCUUAGAAAACAAGGUGUCAAUUGCAGAGCAAAAUUAGUUUUGGCCACUAAAGUGUCUAAAAAUAGUCAAGUAUUAAAGGAAGUCGAGGCUAGCUUAUCAUGUCUGAAUGUCGACUAUAUCGAUUUAUUACAGCUUGAGGACGGCGAUGAUAUCGAAGAGGUUCUGGAUACGCUUCGCACACUUCUGGCUACCGGUAAGAUACGGUAUUGGGGACUAUUGAAUGUGACACCUUGGAGGUUGUUACGCUAUAGUCAAUUAGCAAACCAGUGUGGUAUUCCUAUACCCGUCACAGUACAGCUGACGUACAAUCUGCUGUCCCGUAACGAUGUGGAGAAGGGUUUUGUCGAAUUAAGUCGCCCCCAGAACAAUGGAAUAAAUAUAAUUGCUAACGGCGCUCUUGCGGGAGGUGUGCUUACGGGCAAGUACUUGGAGUACCUAGAUCCCACCACUUCGGGACGGUUGCUACGCUAUCCAUCCUAUAUGUCACGUUAUCGCGGCUCUUUAGCUGCCAGGGCGGUGAGAGAUUACUACGAUAUUGCGAUUGGUCACGGCUUCCCGAAUCUAUGUGUAAUGUCAUUACGCUGGGUAUUCACGAGGCCUUUUAUUUUGAGUACAUUGAUUGGUGUUAGUGAUCUUUAUCAGUUGAGAGAGAACCUAGCGUGUUUGGACCCAUCUCUGGUUAUAACGGAAGCGGUUGAGCGUGAGAUAAACCAGAUACACUGGAAGUGGCGUGACCCAAUUCGUAUAUUGGAGUAG